AUGUGCCAUGGCAGGAUAGCACCAAAGAGCACCUCAUCGUUUGCCGUGGCCUCCGUGGGACAUGGAGUUUUCCUUCUGCUGGUGAUUCUUAGCACCCUCCUUGGAGACGGACUUGCCUCAGUGUGUUCCCUGCCCCCGGAGCCAGAGAAUGGUGGCUACAUCUGCCACCCCCGGCCCUGUAGAGACCCCCUGAACUCAGGCAGCGUCAUCGAGUACCUGUGUGCUGAAGGCUACAUGUUGAAGGGUGAUUACAAAUACCUGACGUGUAAGAAUGGCGAGUGGAAGCCAGCCAUGGAGAUCAGCUGUCAUCUCAACGAGGACAAAGACGCCCACACGUCGCUCGGGGUCCCCACGCUGUCCAUCGUGGCUUCCACUGCCAGCUCCGUGGCGCUCAUUCUCCUCCUGGUGGUGCUGUUUGUGCUGCUGCAGCCAAAGCUGAAGUCUUUCCAUCACAGCAGGCGUGACCAGGGGGUGUCCGGGGACCAGGUGUCCAUCAUGGUGGAUGGAGUCCAGGUUGCACUGCCGUCGUAUGAGGAGGCUGUGUACGGCAGUUCCGGUCACUGUGUGCCACCCGCUGACCCCAGAGUGCAGAUUGUGCUCUCAGAAGGGUCUGGGCCCAGUGGGAGGAGCGGGCCAAGGGAGCAGCAGCUGCAGGACCAGGGGGCCUGCUCCUCCGCAGGCGGAGAGGAGGAGGCCCCGGGCCAGUCUGGACUGUGUGAAGCCCGGGGCUCUCGGGGCUCGGAGACUGUGAUGGUGCAUCAGGCAGCCCCCUCUUCCUGGGUGGCCGGCUCAGGGAACAGCCGAGUGGCACACAAAGAAGCCCCAGAUUCAGAGAACAGUGACGUACAAAGCCUCACGUCGGAGGACUACACAGAUGAUAUCCCACUGUUGAAAGAAGCAUGA